AUGAAAAUAGUUGUUAAAUAUUUCUACACCAUUUGUUAACAAGAAUAAAGAAAAGAAACCAUCCGAUAAAUGAUUGCUGAAUAUUUUGAUGACAAUCUUGAAUUUGAUAAGGAAAUCUUCAAGGAUUAUUAAGAGUUUUUGCAAUUCAUUUUCCCUUUUCGACCAAAGAGUCUAAACAAAUUAGGAGAAACAAAGAAUACCAAAAUGUGUAACAUUCUAAUCUCAGAACUAAUUGAGACCUAGUAAAUAAUGGAUACUAUGUUAUUUGAGUUGAGAAAAGAUUUAAGUUAAUCAGACAUCCUCAAUAUAUAUAAGGAAAUUGAUUCAACAUCAGAUGGCUUUAUAGACGUCAUCAAAGUAAAGAAGUACUUAUCUUAAUAAUUUAACUAUCAAACCUCAAAUGAUGAUUUGAUUUAUAUUUUUCGAAGAAUGGACAAAGAUGAGGAUGGAUUUAUCAGCAUGGCAGAAUUCAUAGAUGAGUUUACAUCUGAGAAUUAGUAGAUCUCCUAGAUGUCAACUAUGGCAUAAACGAGAUGGCAAUCACAAGCGUCAUCCUAAACUUAGUUUGUGCCUCCAUACUCUGAGGAUUGCAGAGAAUUGGCAAUAUUCAUUAAUAAAUUGCAAAAUAUUAAAGUUAUCGAUGAAGAAGAACUACUUAAAUUGAAAAGAUAAUUCAUAAAAUAAAAAAAGCAAUCCUUUCUAAAUUUAUUUGAAGACAUUGCACAUUCUAUUUAUUUAGAUAAGCGUGAUCUUCUAAAUCUAUUAUCAUAGUAAUAAUUUUUAUAAUAUUUUUUAGUUUUAAAAUCAGUGUAAACAGUGACUUAGAAAGGAUAUGCAAACUAUUCAAUAAGGAUAAUCCAAAUGAAAUAGAUUUUCAGGAUUUUCUAAAUUUUUUUACUUUUUGA